AUGUCAAUGCCUUUGUCUGUAGUACCAUUCAAGAAUGAAGAAAAAGGGUUUAAUAGAAGAGGGGGCAGGCCUCGCAUGAAGUCCGAUUAUCUGAAAUCUCCUGACAUUAUACGGGUUGUUGAUAUCACCAAAGGAAUUCCACGACCAGAAAAACAUGUAGCAGAAUGGAUAUUCUCUCUCCAGGGCGAACCAACUGAUAUAGUUUUCCGCACUCUAGAUGGUUUUUUUCCUCAGAGAAUCUCAUUUAAGAGUUUAUUGCAAGACGGAGUUGACGGUAAUUUAUCUGAAAGUGAACGCAAAGCUAAAUUCCUUGAGAAUCUUUUGCUUUCUAUUGAAGAUAUGGACUCAACCCUACGUUAUGUUGGAUUGAAAAUCUAUAUACUUGAUUACUUAAAAUCUCAGAAUCAUCCAAAAACUGAGAUGUUUUCACAUGUGAUGCCACAUAGACUGGAAAUGCCUUGGAGAACAAUAAACAACCACAUUGAUUGUGGUGUGUUUACAAUGCGUCGCAUGGAAACAUAUAUGGGUGGAAGUAUGAAUGAGUUUAAAGUUGGGUUCAAGAAGGAGUCUCCUGCACAAGAUGAUCAACUUGCUAAGUUGAGGACAAAAUAUUUAUACAAAAUAAUCACUCGUGAAUAUAAUGUGCAUAAGGAUUAUGUGCUUCAAAUGGUUGAUGAAUUCCACAAGAUUCCUGCAAGACAACGCUCUGAACUGUUGAGUAUUGCAAAGGAACAAAUUCACACAAGAUUGGAUGAUUUUAGUUAA